AAGGUUGCCGAACUGUCCCCCUGGCUGGACAUGUGGGGUUUGACAGCUUGCCUGACCAGCUGGUGAAUAAGUCAGUCAGCCAGGGCUUCUGCUUCAACAUCCUGUGCGUGGGAGAGACAGGUUUGGGCAAGUCCACUCUCAUGGACACCCUGUUCAACACCAAGUUCGAGGGAGAGCCAGCCACCCACACACAGCCGGGUGUUCAGCUCCGGUCCAAUACCUAUGACCUCCAGGAGAGCAACGUGGGGCUAAAGCUCACGAUUGUUAGCACAGUGGGCUUUGGGGACCAGAUCAACAAAGAGGACAGCUACAAGCCCAUCGUGGAAUUCAUUGAUGCGCAGUUCGAGGCCUACCUGCAGGAGGAGCUGAAGAUCCGGAGAGUGCUGCACACCUACCAUGACUCCCGAAUCCACGCCUGCUUGUAUUUCAUCGCCCCCACGGGUCAUUCCCUGAAGUCUCUGGACCUAGUGACCAUGAAGAAGCUGGACAGUAAGGUGAACAUCAUCCCCAUCAUUGCCAAAUCAGAUGCCAUUUCUAAGAGUGAGCUAACGAAGUUCAAAAUCAAAAUCACCAGCGAGCUUGUCAGCAACGGAGUCCAGAUCUAUCAGUUCCCUACAGAUGACGAGUCAGUGGCAGAAAUCAACGGAACCAUGAACGCCCACCUGCCAUUUGCCGUCGUUGGCAGCACAGAGGAGCUGAAGAUAGGGAACAAGAUGAUGAAGGCACGACAGUACCCUUGGGGCACGGUACAGGUCGAAAACGAGGCCCACUGCGACUUUGUGAAGCUGCGGGAGAUGCUGAUUCGGGUCAACAUGGAGGAUCUGCGGGAGCAGACCCACGCCAGGCACUACGAGCUGUACCGCCGCUGUAAGCUGGAGGAGAUGGGUUUCAAGGACACCGACCCUGACAGCAAACCCUUCAGUUUACAGGAGACGUAUGAAGCCAAAAGGAAUGAGUUCCUAGGGGAACUCCAGAAAAAAGAAGAGGAGAUGAGACAGAUGUUCGUCCAGAGAGUGAAAGAGAAAGAAGCAGAGCUCAAAGAAGCAGAGAAAGAGCUGCAUGAGAAGUUCGACCGACUGAAAAAACUGCACCAGGACGAGAAGAAGAAGCUGGAGGACAAGAAGAAAUCCCUGGACGAUGAAGUGAACGCUUUCAAACAGAGAAAGACGGCAGCUGAGCUCCUCCAGUCCCAGGGUUCCCAGGCUGGAGGCUCACAGACUCUGAAAAGAGACAAAGAGAAGAAAAAGUAA